UUCAGACUGCGCUGCUGUGCGCGUGCGCCUCUCUCUCUGCACCCCAAACGAUUUCAUUUAAUGCACGAAAAAUAGUUCCAACGUCCCUACGCUUUCGAUUAUUUGCAAUUGUGUUUUUUGUUUUUAAUUGUAUUUCUUAGCGCUUGAUCUGCGCUGCUCUGGUCUGGCUAUAAAACUCCGAAUCCCAACUGUUUGCGUUGUGCCCUGGAAGCGACCUGGCUUGUCGAUUCCGCUCCGAAGAGCUGCUGAUGUUGGUCUUGUUUUGUGGUGUUGUUUUUUUGUUUAUUUCUUUUAGGGAGCGGUGAGUCUCUUCUGCGCCCGGAUUUUCUGCUGUCGCCUGGAAGAACCAAUUUUGUGACUUCGAGAAAUUGUAGACAGACUUUUUAUAUAUAUAUAUAAAUUGGGGAAAAUCCUUCCAGCUUUUAGCAUGAUGUCUUACCUCAAACAGCCCCCCUAUGGCAUGAAUGGGCUGGGGCUGACCGGACCGGCUAUGGACUUACUGCACCCCUCCGUGGGCUAUCCGGCCACCCCUCGGAAGCAGCGGCGGGAGCGCACCACCUUCACCCGCUCGCAACUCGAUGUGCUGGAGGCGCUCUUCGCCAAGACCCGCUACCCGGACAUCUUCAUGCGAGAGGAGGUGGCGCUGAAGAUCAACCUGCCCGAGUCCAGAGUCCAGGUCUGGUUCAAGAACCGUCGGGCCAAGUGCCGGCAGCAGCAGCAGAGCGGCGGCGGGGCCAAGAGCCGGCCGGCCAAGAAGAAGCCGUCCCCGGCGCGGGAGAGUUCGGGCUCGGAGAGCAGCGGCCAGUUCACGCCCCCCGCCGUCUCCAGCUCCGGCUCGUCGUCCUCCUCCAGCUCCAGCUCCUCCGGCAGCGCGGCGGCGGCGCUGGGCAACCCCGCGGCGGCGACCGCCUCCAUCAGCGCCCCGGCCUCGUCCAUCUGGAGCCCGGCCUCCAUCUCCCCGGGCGCCGCGCCCUCGGCCGUGUCGGUGCCGGAGCCGCUGCCGCCCGGCGGCGCGUCCUGCAUGCAGCGCUCGGUGGCCGGCGCCUCCUCCGCCUCCUACCCCAUGUCCUACGGCCAAGGUGGCGGCUACGGCCAGGGCUACCCGGCGGCCCCCUCCUCCUCCUACUUCGGCGGCGUGGAGUGCAGCUCCUACCUGGCGCCCAUGCACUCCCACCACCACCCGCACCAGCUCAGCCCCAUGGCGCCCUCCUCCAUGGCCGGCCACCACCACCACCCGCUGGGCCAGGGCUCCGGCCACCACCACCACCAUCACCACCACCAGGGCUACGGCAGCACGGGGCUGGCCUUCAACUCCCCCGACUGCCUGGACUACAAGGAGCCCGGCGCCGCCUCCUCCUGGAAACUCAACUUCAACUCCCCCGACUGCCUGGACUACAAGGACCAGGCCUCCUGGAGGUUCCAGGUCUUGUAGGCAGCGCCCGCCCGGCCCGGCCCGGCUCGGCCCGGCUCCCUGCGCCUGGCCCCGCUGGCCUUUUGCUACGUGAGAAACAAUGGCCUUCCUCCUGGCCCAGCCUGCGCUGACCCCCAGCCUCGGGCUGGCCCCGCUGCUCCCUGCUCCGGAGCUGCCGUCGGUGUGUUUCACUCCCGGGCAGGACUGGGUCUCCAUUUCCCAUGGUCAUCACUAGUAAUCAUUCAUCAUCCCCGACCAAGAGCCCCCCAGCCUCUGGCUCGGGGCUGCUGGCUGAGAUCUGCUGCUGGACCCGCCCCAGUAACUUAUUUAUUCCGUCUCUGCACCCCGGGAUUAUUCCGUCCGGUGGGUUGAUUUAACACCAAACACACAGCCCGGAAGAGGACUUCGGUGCGCCUCCCCUCCUCGAUUUAAAAAGAAAUGCGCUUUGGACACACAGACUCCCCUCUCCCCUCUCGAGAACUCCUUGUGUCAAGGGCAAGGCAGGGAGUGGAAACCUCCUGCACACCCUGCCCGCUGCAGACCCGGUGUACCGCUGUCUUUUUACUUCGGAGAGCUCUGGGCUCUCUCUCGGUAGGACUGUACAGCCUCUUGCCGCAGCAAGCAGCAGGAAUGGUGUCCAUAUUCGGUCCGUUCCAGGGACCAGUAUUAUUUUGAGUUGAUGUUACUGGGUUGCAAUUUUGAGUUUUAACACGCAGGAAAUUGAACUAAACAAAACUUCUCUCCUCCCCUUCCCCUUCAACAAAUCUUCGCGUCAGGAUUCCCAGCGCUGCAUCUUUCCUCUCUUCGGGGUGCUCCUGCUUCUUAGGGCUAAUCAAACCCACUCCAGGGAGAAGAGGCGGGGAGGGCAGGCGAGCUGGGAUGGUGGUUUAGGGAACAGCUGUAAUGGGGGGGAGGGGGAGCUGGGAAGGUUAGGAAGAGGGGGAGGAAAGGCUUGUCCAGCGGAUCCGCAGUCCAGAUCCCGUUUACAGACCAAAAAAGAAAAGGAGAAAAAAAAUAGGGGAAAAAAAGUAAAAGGAAAAAAAAAGCAGCUCAAAUUCCCUCCCUUUUAGCCCCCUCGGUUUGUCUAGUGAGUUUUAGUGCAUCGGCCCUAGCCAGCCACGCCUGCGCAUCUGUCUCAACGAUGGGUUUUAACCGCUUUGUCCCUCGGUGGAAAAGGAAUUUGUAAAUUUGAUUAUUACACCGUAAUCCAACACGUACCUGUUGAAAUGUAAGGCAACUCCUCCCCCUUUA